UGCGCCAUUAGUAGUUUUGCAAACCCUCGUCCAAUCCGCCGAAUCCGGCGACCAAGGUAGGCAUCCGGAGCCGCCCCCGUCGCCGUGCCGUCCAGCCCCUCCUCCUGCAGCCACCCUACCCUCCCUCCGCAGCCAGGGGGUCCCGGCCUCGCCCUCGCCCUGACUCCCCGUCGGCCGGCCCCGGCGACCGGACGAGGAAGCCCGGCAGCGCCACCAGUGGAGGGUUCAUUGCCGUCGCCCGGUCCCAGAUUCGCGUGAUCCACGCGAAUCCGGCCCCCGUCGCCUCCCCGCGCCCAUCGCCCGUCGCUCGCUCGUCGCCUCGUCGUCGGUGGUGGUGGCUCCGCCCUCCCCCUCCCUCCGCGUCGCCCAGGUCGAGCUCGUCCUCCUCCCCUCUCCCUAAGUUGGAUGAGGGGGAGGGAGGACGACAUGUCGCUCGUCAACGGCGGCGCCGUGCCGCUGCGCGUCCCCGAGGCCGCCGCCGGCCCGGCCGUGCUGGUGAAGAACCUCUACCUCUCCUGCGACCCCUACAUGCGUGGCCGGAUGCGGGACUUCCACGGCUCCUACAUCCCCCCGUUCAAGCCCGGAUCUGUUAUAGAAGGGUUGGGCGUGGCAAGAGUGGUGGACUCCACUCAUCCGGGGUUCGUCGCCGGCGACAUUGUUUCGGGAAUGACUGGCUGGGAGGAAUACAGCCUGAUUGACAAGCCUGAACAGCUGAACAAGAUUCAGCAAAGCGACAUACCACUCUCCUACCAUCUGGGGCUUCUCGGCAUGCCUGGUUUUACAACUUACGUUGGAUUCUAUGAAAUCUUCUCACCGAAGAAAGGAGAGUUUGUCUUUGUUUCUGCUGCAUCUGGAGCAGUUGGUCAGAUUGUCGGUCAACUUGCAAAGCUCCAUGGCUGCUAUGUUGUCGGAAGUGCUGGAACAAAUGAGAAACGCAAGACUGGGUGCACCUUAAACUGCAAGUGCAAGGAUUGCCAUAAUCCCUUUGGGGCCAGAGAGGUCCAGGAGAAACCACACCACCAUCAAGCACUGGAACGAAACCCGACCGAUGCCAUUACAAGGUAA